CUCAAAAAAAAAAAAAGGCUGUAUUGAGGUUUCAGAGAUACCUUUUAGCGUUUGUUUUGCCCUCAAUCACCUGUUGUGCUAAAACCAAAUCAAAGCGACGACGGUGGAAGUCGUAUCGUCUUUCUCAUCCAUUCACAAUUGCUGUUCACACAAGGAAAACAGAAUCACACAAGGAGAAUAGAUUCUUGUAAUCAAUGAAGUAUGAGUAGAUGGCAGUCAAAGUCGAGGAUUGUCAAUUACUUCCAUACGAUUACAGGAAGGAUCCGUCCCUAAAAUCUGCAUUAUAAAUCGUUCAAUUUUCCUGGUAAAGAAAGUUCAUUUUAAACUUUGUAUAGAUUAGUUGUCAAGAUAUGUGAGCAAUAGAAAAUAAUAAACCGACUGAUUAUGGUGUUCGUUGAUGGUUUGAAAGAUACAGACGUCUAUCAAAUUGUACUUUCGGAAAUCCUUUAAUUUAUUCCAAUUCUACUAGUAUUUAGUUUGCUCCAUAAAUUUCAACAUAUGAUAUGUAUUCCUCAGGUUACUUAAGGGUCAAUUAAUUAGCAAUUAAGAAUCUGUAGGCUUUUUUCCAUUUGAUGUAUUGGCAAUUUUUCUUUCCUUCUUUAGUCUUUUGUUCUUUUAAGAGUUUGUGAUAUCCUUGUACAUUGCAUCCUCCCUUUCUUUUUGAUAAAUUUCUUUUACAAAACAAGAAAAAAUUUCAAGCUUCUGUUUUUCAUUUGAAGCCCGUUUACUUCUUGCAUUUCCUGUUAUCAUUUUCACUUCAACUAAUACACAUCAUAGCAUAUUAAUCAACUGUUUUCCUCACCAUUUUCUUUUAUGUUUUUUGGAAACAUAGAUAACAUUUUAGGAAGUUUUGAAAAUGCAAAAACAUAGUUUCAUUGUUUAUGAAAAUACAUUCUUCCUAGCUUGCCUCAUAUCGUUUUUCUAUCACAAUUAUUCACUACAAGAUUUUUCUAUCUUCUCUUAGCAAUUUAAAGUGAACCCAAAUUUUAGAUAAUUAAAAAAACAAAAAAUGUUACUAAAAAGUAAACAGACCCUUAAUUUUCUUCUUGUAUUUUAGUUGUCAAUAAUGGAAGUGGGAGCAGCGGACCCUUACACAACUAAUCCAGGACCAAUUGAUGGUUCAGUUCUAUAUGAUCAAGACAAGCAUGUAUCAAAUGCAGUUUGGGAAGGACAGCAGGAGCGCGGUGCCCUCAGAUGUCAUGAACACACUUCAAAACUUGAUCAGUGGACACUUAAGCCUAAACAGAUUGAAUUGGUAGAGAAAGCUGGAUUCGGAUACUUACGGUCAAUUCCAGCUAUUAGUCUAGACAAUCCGCUUAUAUCUGCUCUAGUUGAAAGGUGGAGAAGAGAAACAAACACUUUUCACUUGAAUGUCGGUGAAAUGACGGUAACCCUUAAAGAUGUCGCACUAUUGAUUGGGCUCGCAAUUGAUGGGGAACCUGUAAUAGGUCUUACGUAUACCUCAUGCAUUUCUGUUUGUGAAAAGUAUCUCGGCAGAGCACCCGAAUCAGGUUACACAAGUGGUGGGAUGGUGAAACUAAGUUGGUUGAAAGAGUACUUUUCUCGAUGUCCUGAUGAUGCUCCAAUGGAAGUGAUAGAGCAACAUACUCGUGCUUAUCUUCUUUAUCUCGUAGGUAGCACCAUAUUCUCCACCACUACAGGGAAUAAGGUCCCUGUAAUGUAUUUGCCAUUGUUUGAGAAUUUUGUUCGAUGUGGGCAAUAUGCAUGGGGUGCAGCGGCAUUGUCAUUCUUGUAUAGAUCACUGGGAAAUGCCUCGCUAAAAACUCAAAGCACCAUUAGUGGCUGUUUAACGCUCCUGCAGUGUUGGAGUUACUUUCACCUAAAUAUUGGACGGCCAAAGCUCAAUCUCGAUAUGAUGCAUGAUCGGUUUCCCUUUGUGCUUAGAUGGAAAGGAAAACUAAGUGGCCCAAAUGCAAAUCGCGAUUUAGUGUUUUAUCGGAAGGCUUUGGAUUCCCUAAAGCCAUGUGAUGUGGAAUGGCUCCCCUACCGAAACAUGGACAGUAUGGUAAUUCCAGAUCAUAUCAAAAGCACUUUAAUUCUUGGGAGGUCAAAGACAAUGUUAAUAUGCUUUGACAAGGCAGAAAGACAUCUUCCGGAUCGAUGCUUAAGGCAAUAUGGCAUGCUUCAAUCAAUUCCUGAUGAUGUGGAGCGAUGGGAGAGGAAGAGUAGAGGAGUUGAUAGUGGGGUUGAUUUGUCGGGGAAAAUGGAAUCAGAGCUUACUGAAUGGAUGGACCGUCAGCUCCACAUUGUUGAUGGUGAUGAGGGUGUUGAUGAAAGCGAGUACAUGGAUUGGUAUAUGAGAAUUACCCGCAGGUUCAUAGGGAGGCCUAUUUCACUGUCAUCCGAGUUUCAGAGAACGAAAAUAAACAAAUGCUUGCAGAAUGCUGGUCUGAGGGAUAUUGCACACAUAGCGGAUACUUUUUCAACAAAAGGGUUAGAUCCGCAACAAAUCGAAUCAAUAUCUCGGAUAAGAUACAUUGCACAUGAAUGUUUGAGAGACCAAAUCAGUGGUCCGGCAAUAUUAACAGCCACACCUCAAGCUGAACAUGGAAAAAGGGUAAGAGGAAAAGAAAGGGUUAGAAGAAAAGGUGGGGCGGGUAAACGAUUGCGGAAGGAAGAUGCAGUUCUAUAUAAUGCCAUUAGUGAGGAUGAACAACCUCAGUUCUAUGGCAAUGCUAUCGAGGUUGGACAAUUGCAUCUAAGUCAUAUGGAUAGAGAGAUGGAUCAUCAUGCACAAUUAUGUACUGUGGAAAGUGCAGUUAAUUCUGUCCAUAUGAUUCAUGCAGACGCCGUUGCUGAUAAUAUGCACCUCUGCGACACACACCUUGGGGUGGAUCAAUCUGAGCUAGGGUAUGAAGAUGAUGAAAACGACGACGAUGUCGCUGUCGAGUUUAACCAUGAAGAUCUAAAGCAAGAGGCUGAUGAAGAAAUAAAGGAAGAGCUUAACCAUAUCACUGGUGAGGAAAAUAUUGAGGAGCUGCAUGUAGCCAAUGAGAUUCAUCAUCAAGAUCGACGGCCGUGUGAUCAUAUCAUGAUAGAUGAUUCACAGUUUUGUGAUGUAAGUCACGACAUCAACAACACGACACUUUCAGAUGAUGUGGAUGAAAUCAAUCACACACAUUUCGGUGACGUUGACGAGGUCGAUCCACUAGAAAUCAAUCCAACUGAAGAAGAUUUUGUCAAUUCUCAACUUUCUCAUGUUAAUGAUGAAAGUGAACCAUCAGCAUCUGUUAUGGCAGGAAUAGAAGUGUCUCAACAUCCUUCUAUUGAAACUCAUGAUGAUAUUUCACAGAAAGGUGAUUGUAGUGUUGCUGUAUAGAAUGCAUAGCUUACAUUAUUUGUAGAGAAGUAAAAUGCAAAAAAAUUUAGGCAGACUUAAUUUUAUGAGAGGUGAUAUUAUAUACCAUGUAUAAUUAUUUAUAUUCAUUUUUUA